CGCAUUUCCGGGUUCCAGGUUCAACCAUCAAUAUGCUUGCACCGAAACUUGAAGACGCUCUUACAAAACUUUAUGACAGUCUCCGUAAAUGUAAAUUUAAUCAUUGCUUAAAAUGAAGUUUAUAGAAAAGGAAAACAUAAUCGGACAUUCAUCCAGCAUCCACUACUUCGCAUUGCUGUUUCUAGUUCAAUUUGAACCAUAAAUCGUAUAACCUGCUGUAAAGAUGGAAUGGUAUACAUCAUGGAUUACAAAGAAACAUUUCCUUUUCCCCGCUUCUUUUAUUAUACGACUCGCUUUGGUCAUUUAUGGCGACUACCAGGACAGAACCAUGGAGGUGAAAUACACAGACAUCGACUAUCACGUGUUUACCGAUGCUGCGAGGUUCAUCACUCAGGGCGAGUCGCCAUACAACAGAUCAACAUACCGUUACACUCCUGUCCUGGCCUGGAUUCUCACUCCCAACAUCUACCUGAACUUCACGUUCGGGAAGAUCCUCUUCAUCCUCUGUGAUGUGCUGACUGGCUUGCUCAUCUACCAGUACCUCUGCCUGCGGGGGAUCAGCUCAGAGGUUGCGUGUCGUGUCUGCUCCCUGUGGCUUCUCAACCCCUUGCCCAUGGGUGUCUCCAGCCGGGGCAAUGCCGAGUCCAUACUGACGGCCCUAGUACUGUGUACACUGCUGUGUCUAGAAGACACAAUGGCAUCCUCAACCCCUUUGACCGAGGCCAACACCACCUUUACCCUGGCGUUGUUCAAAAAGAUCACGGAGGGAAACAAGUCUGGCAAUGUCUUCUACUCUCCUCUCAGCAUCUCUUCGGCCCUGGCCAUGGUGCUGCUGGGUGCACGGGGGAACACCUCCACACAGAUGUCAGAGGCGCUGCAACAUCAGAAGGGCGAAGAGGACAUCAACGCCAGCUUCUCCAAACUGCUGAGCGAGCUGAACAAGCCAGACGCGCUGUACUCCCUCAGUAUGGCCAACAGGCUGUAUGGAGAGAAGACCUACCAGUUUGUUCAGGGGUUCCUGCUUGAAACCAGGAAGUACUACCAGGCAGACCUCCAGUCUGUGGACUUCAAAGCCAAGGCAGAGGAGGCCAGGGUGGAGAUAAACACCUGGGUGGAGAAACAGACACAAGAUAAAAUCACGAACUUGUUGGUACCUGGUGUGGUUGACUCGCUGACCAGGUUGGUGCUGGUCAACGCCAUCUACUUCAAGGGAAAGUGGGACAAGCAGUUCAAGGAGGAAGCCACCAAGGAGACUGCCUUCAAACUGAACAAGAAUGACACUAAGAAAGUGAAGAUGAUGUACCACAAAGCAAGGUUCCCUCUUGCCUUCAUUCCUGAGGCGAAUUGCCAGAUCCUGGAGCUGCCCUAUGAAGGCAAAGAACUCAGCAUGCUGAUCUGCCUCCCUAUGGAAAUUGAGGACGGCACCACCGGCCUGGAGAAGCUGGAAGCGAUGCUGACCUACGAGACCUUCAUGAAAUGGACCCAGCCAGACAGGAUGGGCCAGAGGGAAGUCAAUGUGGGCCUGCCGCGAUUCAAGAUGACGCAGACCUACGACAUGAAAGACCUGCUGGUCAGCAUGGGCAUGGUGGACGCCUUCGACCAGGGCCUCAGUGACUUCUCUGGCAUGUCCUCGGCCAACGACCUGGUGCUGUCCGCGGUGGUCCACAAGGCCUUCGUGGAGGUCAACGAGGAGGGCACCGAGGCCGCCGCCGCCACCGCUGGCCGCAUGAUGGUGGGAUGCUGCAUGAUGAUACCCCCCCAAUUCGUCGCCGACCACCCCUUCCUCUUCUUCAUCCGCCACAACCCCAGCAAGAGCAUCCUGUUCGCCGGCCGCUACAGCUCACCUGAGUGAUGGCUGAGGGUGGGGGGCGGGGGGGGGUGGACACGUGUCUGUGAGAGCCUCCGGUGUGAAGCGCACAGCGCUUGCCUACAUUCAUUAAGUGUUCACUUGUCUUUUACUUCUCUUGUAUUUUUCUAAUGACAUAGUAUGCCAGAUAUACACUUAAUGCUGAAUUGUAUUCAACCAAAGAUGAUGUCAUUAACCAUUGGAAAACAUUUAUUUUAAGUGUGUGUGAAUUUGUGUAUGGCUUACAGAGACGUAAUAAAGACUAAACAUACAUUAAAUAUAGGUUCUGUAUUUUUGGUGGUUG